AUGUCGGGCUUCCGAUGUCGGGCGUCCAAUGUCGGGCGUCCGAUGUCGGGCGUCCGAUGUCGGGCGUCCGAUGUCGGGCGUCCAAUGUCGGACGCGCAGUGGUUCCUCAUGCACGUGGUCUUGGCGGAUUCCUCGUCACCCUUUAACAUUGUUGCUAUGGCUGUCCCCACCGCGCAAGACUACGAUGAUCUCUGCUACAACUACGCGCUCCCGUCUGUAAAGGGAGCAGCAGUCGGUAGUAAAGCCGACGGAAGCACACCCCAAAUGGACGACGAGCUCGUGAAAUCAAUGGUAAUCCAUGACACUGCGUCCCAGCAUGUGCAUGGCCGCGCUCGUGACUGGGCUCAAGCGCCUUUCCGACGAGAACACGCAGAUGGCCCUGGCAUUACGGACGCGAUGGCCCGCUUUUGGGAUAUUGUGGGUGGCCGGGAGGAAUCGGGCAAAGCAGCGCUGUCGCGUUUGGGUGAUAUAGUGGUCCCCAAAGCGAUCCGAGAGCCCGAUCAACUUAUCCAGGUCCCACCGGAUGUAGCAUGGACAUCCGCGAAGCACGCGGUCGAAGAAGGCACGGCACUUUUGCCUCCGGAUGGUGUAUCACUUUCCGCAUUUCGUACGGAAGUUCGUGACACGCUUGAAGCGGAGGCCAGCCGAGUGGACGCAAUCAACGAGAUGUUGGAGGUGCAAAUUGCGGAAUGCGAGGGGGACCACACUGCGAGGGAUCGGGCGGAGAACCGGUACAACCAGGAGGCAAAGUCCCCAGGCUACGGGCAGCGAGGGGAGGGCGGCACGAUGCACAAAGUGUUGACAGCAGAGGAGGAGAUCGAGUUUCUCCGUGAGUGUGUCACCGCACUACAGGCGAACUUCGAAUACAUGGAGGAGUACAUCUCGGCGGAGAUUCGGUUCUGGGAUUCGGCGUUGGCGGCGAAUGAGCGCAACCUAGACGACUGGUAUGCAAGGGAGGCUGAGCACCCUGUCAUGGAAGAUACGGAGUAUUUUACCCAUGACUACACAGAGUUCCGUAGCUUAGAUGACAUGUGA